AUGAGACCGUUGACAGUGGCAGUUCGAUUCCAGAUUGAUUGUGGCGCUACUGUGACAGUUCUACCAAAACGAUAUCUGAAACCUGAUUCAAAAAUCCGCAAGGAACACGUUCAUCUUCGAAUGUGGAAUUCGUCUGGCCUAAAUGCUCUAGGCAAAUGCAAAGUGAAUGUUGUAAAUCCAGCCACGGGACAACGGUUUCGUCUGGAUUGUGUCCUUGUUGAGGAGGAUUUAACUCCUCUGCUCAGUAGAAAAGCUGCUGAAAAAAUGCGCCUGAUUACCGUGAACUACGAUUAUUUCGAUCAAGUGAAUUCUGUAUCGCCAGGAGGUGCUGCUGUCUCUAAAUUCGUGAACGAGUUUCCGAAUGUGUUCAAUCGCAAAGUCGGUACCUUGCCUGGUAAGGUACAUCUAACCUUGGAACCGAAUGCUGAACCGGUCGUGAGACCACCGCAUAAUGUGCCUGAGGCUCUGAAGGACAGAGUCAAGUCUGAAAUUGAUAAAAUGGCUGAUCUAGGAGUUCUAGCCCCUGUGGACGAGCCCACCGAUUGGGUGAGUCAAAUGGCUAUCGCCGAAAAACGUAAUGGUAGGCUACGUAUUUGCAUUAACCCUAUGAAUCUCAAUAACGCUCUGAAACAUGAACACUACAAACUGCCUGUAUUGGACGAUGUGCUACCGAAACUUACUAACGCUCGUUUCUUCAGUACUGUUGACCUUAAAAGUGGUUUUCUACACUGUGAGCUUGACCAUGAGUCUAGUCUGCUCACAACCUUCGCAACCCCGUUUGGUAAUAGGUAUAGAUGGCGCCGCAUGCCAUUUGGCCUUAAGGUAUCAAGUGAAAUUUUUCAGAAGCGCUUGACUCAAGCACUUGAAGGGCUUGAGGGUGUCGAGAUUAUCUUCGACGACAUUACUAUCUGGGGAACUACCGCUGAGGAGCAUGAUGAGCGCAUGAGAAAAUUCUUGAAACGCUGUGAUGAGCUUGGCAUCGCUCUCAAUCUUGAGAAAUGCACGUUCUCCCUGGAAGAAAUUUCAUUGGUUGGACACAUUGUCGGUAGGAAUGGUCAUCGUGUUGACCCUGAAAAGGUCAAGGCCAUUACGAAAAUGCCUACACCUCAAUGCAAAGCUGAUGUGGAACGCCUACGUGGCAUGGUUAACUACUUGUCGCGCUAUGUUCCAAAACUGUCUGAGGAGAUGAAAAUUAUCUCUGAUCUCACACACAAGGACACUGUAUGGUUAUGGACUCCUGCCCAUGACAAGGCUUUUGAACGUGUCAAAACGCUUCUCUGUAAAGCCCCUGUGCUUGCAUUUUUCAAUGCAUCCAAGGAACUUGUGAUUCAAAGUGACGCUAGUGGUAAGGGCCUCGGAGCUGCCCUGCUGCAAUAUGGAAAGCCUAUAGCUUACGCUAGUAGAGCCCUGACUGACUGUGAAACUCGAUAUGCGACCAUCGAGAAAGAAAUGCUUGCUGUUAUCUUCGCGUUGGAGAAAUGGUAUCAGUACACAUAUGGUCGUAAAAUAACGGUGAACUCUGAUCAUCGCCCGUUAGAGUCAAUAAUCCGCAAAUCUAUUGACAAGGCUCUGAAACGUCUUCAAGGCAUGCUGCUACGUGCCUUAGCUUAUGACAUUGAUAUCAAGUGGAUGGAAGGCCGUAAGAUGGUUUUGGCUGAUACGCUGAGCCGAGCCUUCCUCAAGGAGAAAGGAGGUCAAGGAAUGUUCGAAACUGUAAAUGCUCUUGGUUAUCUGACUGUUCCGCCUGAUAAAGUAUCGGAAAUUCGCAGUGAAACUGACAAUGACGAGGCAUUGAACGUUUUGAAGGCAACCAUUCAGAAAGGUUGGCCAGAGGACAAAUCUGCACUGCCCACAUCCGCAGUACCGUAUUUUGACAUACGUGAUGAAUUGGCAGUCACAGAUGGUUUGAUAUUCAGAGGCGAAAGACUGGUUGUGCCUAAGACAUUGAGAAAGAAAAUGAAAGACUACAUACAUAUCGGACACACCGGUGUCGAAGCUUGUCUACGACGUGCACGCGAACGUAUGUAUUGGCCGAGUAUGAACCAAGAACUGAAAGAAUGGAUUAUACGUUGUGAAACAUGUCGCGAGUUCAAAAUUUCCCACCCUGACGAGACACUACAAAGCCAUGAUGUUCCGAGUAGAGUUUUGGAAAAAGUUGGGACUGAUCUAUUUUCCUACAAAGGAAAAACCAACUUGAUCACUGUAUGCUACUUCUCAAAUUUUUGGGAAAUUGAUCGUCUGCAUACUGAGGACUUAAAAACUGUCAUAAAGAAACUGAAAGCGCAUUUCGCGAGGUACGGUAUCCCAGAGAAAAUCGUAUCUGACAACGGAGGACAUUACACCUCAGACAAAUUUCGCAAAUUCACCAAAGAUUUUGGCAUCGAGCAUUUCACAAUCUCCGCAUACAAUUCGAAAGCAAACGGAUAA